AUGGAUUCUUUCGUUUUCGGUAAAAAAUUAGGAUCAGGAAAAUUUGGUGAUGUGUAUAUUGCAAUGGAAAAAUAAACAGGAUUUAAAGUAGCGAUAAAGUAAAUAAAAAAAGUAAAUAUAAAAAAGCUAGAUGCAUAUGAAGAUAUAAUAAAUGAAUUAAAAGCACUAUAAAUUUUAGAUCAUCCUAAUAUUAUAAAACUCUAUGGAUAUUUUUAUGAAAAUGAUACAAUUAAUAUAAUAUAAUAAAUAGCACCAGGAAAGGAAUUAUUUGCUGAAUUAUAAGCAUAAGUUAAUAAAAGAUUUAAUGAAUAAACUGUUUCUAAUUAUAUAAAAUAAAUUAUUCAUAUACUUCUUUAUGUACAUUAAUAAGGAUUUAUACAUAGAGACAUAAAACCAGAAAAUAUAUUGAUUUGUGAUGGUGUCAUUAAACUAUGUGAUUUUGGAUGUGCCGGAAUUAUUUAAAAAGAUUAAAUGAGAUAAACAUUUUGUGGAACAUUAGACUAUUUAAGUCCUGAAAUGGCUUAAGGUAAAUCUUACGAUUAAUCAGUAGAUGUUUGGAGUAUAGGGAUUUUAACUUAUGAAUUAAUAUUUGGAAGAAGCCCUUUUUAUAAUUAAAAUCAUGACGCUAUAAUUGGAAAAGUUAUUAAUGGAAGUGUUUAAUUUGGAGGUCCUGUAUCAUUUGAUGCUGCUGAUUUUAUAUAAAAAAUGCUUUGUAAAGAUCCUAAAAAAAGAAUAUUAUUAAAUGAUGCUUUAUAACAUCCUUUUAUAUUAAAUUAAAGUAAAAAAAACGCAGAAUAUGAUAUUAUUAGUUUAAAUGAUUAGGCUUUUUUAUAUAGAAAAUGA